UCCAUUUAUAACUAUCAAGAUGGCUGAGUUCAAGAAAUCGAAGAAGAAAAACUUUAGAAAAAGGAGAAACUCCUCAGAUAGUGACAUUGGUUCCGAUCCAGAAAUUGAAACAAGCACAAAGCUUGGGGACAUAAAAGAGUUACAGAAGACGCGGGAGAGACAGAAGGGAGUGGACAUAGUCGGCCUGGCAUUGGGCAAGAAAAUACCUAAGACAGAGGAGAGGGACAGUCAUGAUCCCUUUAAAAUGCAAACUGGGGGCUACAUCGACAUGAAAGCAUUAAAGUCAAGUGGUACACAGCUCACUGAGGAAGAAAAGGAAGCCAUUGGAACAGCUUUUGCAGCAGAAACAAACAAAAGAGAUGAAGACGCAGAGAUGCAGAAGUUUGUUGAGGAGGAGCUGAAGAGAAGGAAAGGUCAUGUGACGGAGGACGGCUUGAGGCCUGGACAAUCUAAUGUGUCUGGUAACAAGUUGUUUGAGCUUCCUGACCAGCUGAAGUCCAUCACCUCACGAUUCAAGAAAUCGGAGGACAUGUUGUCCAGCCAGAUGCUCUCUGGAAUCCCGGAAAUCGACCUUGGAAUCGAUGCCAAGAUCCGUAACAUUGAGGAGACUGAAGAGGCAAAACAGCGACUGAUUGAGGAACGGAGAAGGAAGAAGGACAAGAUCUCGGAGUUUGUGCCAACCAACAUGGCUGUCAACUUUGUCCAACAUAAUAGGUUCACUAUAGAAGAUGCUAAACCUGCGUCAAAGAAAGAGGAACCAGUCCCAGCUAAGAAGGCUAAAGUUGGGGAAGCAGACAGACCAGGGCAAGCCUACGUAGCACAGUGGAUACAGCACUGGACUGCAAUUUUGGCGACACUGGUUGGAACCCGGUCUCCGACUCGAUUUUUUUUUCCAUUAUGAUAAUCGACCCCUCACUGUCCAGCCAGAUGAAAAGGCCACAGACAACUUUCACUUCAACAAAUUCAAGAAACAGAUGAGAAGAUGACGGACAAUAUCAUCAUUCUAUGUCCUGGCGAUUUUCUACAGUGUCUGCUUCUGUUCCAAGUCCUAUAUUGUGAUAUAAUGUGACUCGGAAGUAACAUUGGGAAUGAUUUCUGUUACACAGUGCUUUGAUUAAAUGCCUUGUUGGGUCUGGUACAUGUUUAGGACAUUAAGACAUCAAUGGUUUGCGCUCUAACAACGUUCAUGGCAGUUAUGUGUUGUUGUCAACAGUGUAAUAUGUUUUCACAAACUCAGGAGUAAUAUAAAAGGCUUAAAGAACUCUUUAUUCAUGUCAGAGUUGAAAAACAAACAAGUAAUGAUUGUUUUUUUAAGGAUAUAACACUGCCCUUAUUUAUAUACAAAUUCUGUAAGACAUGAUCUGUUCUUUGCCCUACAUGAGGAAGCAACUGUUUGACAGAAUGCAAUCAAACUUAACAAGUAUCCUAAAUGCUAUGAACUGUUAUUAAUGAAUAAGUACUUGAGAGAAUACAUUGUAAAUUUUAUAUUUUCCAAGGCAAAAGUGUUGCUGCUCAAAGGAUUUUUUGUUCUCAAUUAAACAAGUCUAGUAUCAAUUACACACUGUUUCAAUUCAUCAUAAAAAUAUCAUUGAUAGUUAAAAAAUAGGCAUGAAAAUGAUUGCUCUGAG